CCUCCUCCGAGGCGUACAACCCGCGGUGCAAGCAAACCUGCUUCGCGGUUCUCUACACCUGCGCGUGGCGUUGAACAUCGACAGUCAGCUGCCAGGGAUGUCUCCGUCGUAUCUGGGAUGGACGUUGAUGAUGGGGCGCUGCACCAAAGAGGUAUUCGACCGGAUACUGUGUUCGCCCAAUCCAAUGAAAUGCUGGUGGCAUUUCAUGCGCAUCUCCCUGCGGAGGUGAAACAAAUAUUAAGGACUGCUGACUUCUUUCGCGACGCGUAUACCGGCCGUGUCGAUACGUUGACUGGGUUCGCAUUGGUCGCAACCUCCCUUACAUGUUUCGUGUGGCACCAUUCCCAAGCUCUCGCUGGAACCCCCACUUGCUAUAUAUUUUCUUGCCCAAUCGACUACUCCCAAAACGCUCCACUUCACGCCUUCGUCCCAUAUGGUGCUUCUCGUGAACCAGGUCUCAUACUCUUAUCCAAUUCUGGAGAGAUCCGCUUCUGGGACAGCAUUGGUAUUGGCCUCGCAGGGGGAGAUCGGUUCUCCACAACUCAGCUAGAGCUCGAACCCGGAGAGAGUACAACCUCGUUGACCAGAUCCGAUCCACAAACCUACGUCGCGUCUACCUCAAGUGGCCGCCUCUUUCGUUUCACACUGACAUCGACAGGAGGGAAAUACCAUUUGACAUCUCGAUUGUUCUCUCGCCCUCAUUCAUCACUGUCGUUAUCGCGCUUUUUCCCGAGUCUGUGGGCAGCACCAAUUCUACAGCCUGAAGCAGGGAAUAUUAUUGCCGUUGCUUUGGGUACCAAGAAUAAUCUUGGUACGGAUGUCUGGGCUUUAAUCGAUUCUCGAAUACAGCAGUGGAAUAUGUCGUCCGAAGGCUGGGAAGAGAUCACUUUGGAGGAAGACCUCAUGGGUAUCAUUCGUCCAGCCUUGCAAGAAUCGAUCAGUCCUCCUUCAACGCCGAAUGCUUAUAUAGACAUCGAGUUGCUGGAUUUAGUAGUCGAGAGUUCUGAAAGCUUGGUGUUCUUGACCUCUCAUAGUGGCACGGAGGACGAUCUGCCAAUCAGCAUUGGGCCUACUCCCCGUCGAAUAUAUUCGCUUAUUCAGGUAUCUGUAUUAGCAGGGACUUUGAAAGUUGAGAAUGUCAUGAGUGUGCCUUACCAGAGCACGUUCGGCGCUACUGAAGCCCCGAUGCAGCCACAACUACAACUGAUACCUAAAGAUGCGCUACUUGUUGUUCACUUCGGUGAUGCAAUCACAAUAUGUGCUAAAGACACCGAGUACAAAGACCGUAUACGGCUCAAGUCAGCUGCGGAUCGCAUGCUUGGUGUGGGCAUUGUGAGCGACCAGAGUGAAUUGCUUGUUUUGACGGCCGCCACCGUGAUGAAAGCCACCGUCGACAGCGACAAAGUGGCUAAUUUUGACCCUGCGACUGGACGAAGCACUCUCAUACAGUCUAUCAUGAGUCAGGCCAUUAAAUUCGGAUCACUUCCAGAGAACCCUUUGCAUUUCAGCUUUCCACCUGAGAUUGACGAGGAUAGCCUAAUGUCUGGAGCUGAACAGCUUAGCCGUGCGAUCCUAGAAUCGGACCAUCUGGUUGUGCAACCAAAUGAUGACCUCACGUCUCAAAUGACGACACGCAAAGAGCGCUUGAGUUUCCUCAUCAAGUUCAUCAACGAGAAUGGUGUUCUAGGCAAGAUCUCGCAACGAAGUAGACAGCGUUUGGCGACAGAUGCAGAGAAGUUGUAUGCGGCCCAACAACUCUGGCAGACACUGAACGACUAUUUAUCAAAUGGAUCAGUUUUCAGCGUAUUGAAAUCAGCAAUCUAUAUCUAUAUGAACAGCACCGGUGAGGGUCAUCAUGUCGACUUCCUGCGGGCAUUCUUCCGGCUUCGGGUCGACGACCUUGGGAGGUUACUCCCGUACGUUAUGGACAUCACACGCAAGAGUAUCCACGAAGCACCUGCAGAGGCUUGGAAAGCUCUCUGGGAGGCCAACAGUGUCGUCUUGUUGAUGUUGAAUUCAGCCCUUGAGUACCGAGAGUACAACGGCGGGGUGUACGGCAUCGAGCUGCCAUUCAUCAAGCCCUGGACGAGCAGACUACAGACGAUUGACAUCGCGAUCGAGCUAUUUGACACAACCACUGCACUUGUCGAAGCCCCUGGGAACGACAGUUCUGCCCGUUCGACGAGCGAGCCCAGGAGUCAGCUGCCAGAGCUCGCGUCGGUGAUAUUCGCGUCCAUGACGGAGCGGCUAGAUUGGCUGAAGAGCUCUGCUGUCAGCGAGGAGCAAGGGAAAGAGCGUGAGCGGCUGCUGCUGGGUGAUCGUUUCCGGCAGCUGAGGCCGGAGGUCCUCGACACCCUUCGGAGAAACGGGUUCGGGGACCACGCUUUCCAACUCGCCGAGAAGUAUAGGGACUUCCGGAGUCUUGCAUCGCUCUGCAACAAGGACGCCGUGUAUCCGCUCGAGGCGAAUCCGCACGCCAAUAGCAUUCACGCAUACAUAGAGAAGUUCCGGGACGAGUUCACGGAGGAGCUGUACCAUUGGUAUAUCGAGCACGGCGAGCUCCGUGCCAUGAUCGCACAGGAGGACGCAUACGGAGAUUAUGUGGACCGGUACUUCGCGAAGUUCUCACACCCAUCGAUCUCCUGGAUCCGCGAUAUGGGUAAGCGCAGGUGGAGCGCCGCAUCGGAGACGCUGCUGUCGCAAGGUCAGGAUGCAGGGGACUUGUCAGCCAAGGCGUUGAUGCUCAGCAUCGGCAAGCUCUCACACCUCGCACACUUGCAAGAGAGUGGUGCCAAGGACGAAGAAAACUUACUGGAAUCGUUCCAUGACGGCCUCGACUUCGUCAGCGUGCAUGAAGCCCUCCUUGCGGAGCUCAAGGAGGCAUUGUCGCCCUCUCGCGGCAAGCAAUCGGUCGACGCGCAGGCUGAGACGAUCUUGAAAGCGAAAGCAAGCAAGCUCGGGGAUAAACGGUCGCUGCCGCUGGUGUUCAAGCAGCUCGUGCGUGAGUUGCUGCGGGGUAAUGCGUUAACCGUUGAGGACGCCGCGGACGUGCUGUCGCUGAAGGAUAACGUGGAUACCAUCGAGGACUACGCGACGGCGCUGCAUCUCCUCUCGUGCGCGAGGAAUCUGCCCGAAGGCAGGCGGCUCACCGCGUUCCGAGCCGUCUGGCGGCGAAUUUACGCCCACGACGACUGGGACGCCAUCCGCCAGACCGCAGGGAUCACCGACGAGACGCUCAACGAGCGCUUCCGCUCGACCGCCCUCUACACCGCCCUCUCCGCGACGUUUGCAAAGCAGCACACCCCGCCAGGCUAUAUCCUCACGCCCUCGCAGGCGCUCGGGUCAGGCCCGCGCGUCCACCGCGUGAGCCACCCUCAGGGUGACGGGGCCACCGGCGGGGAGGACCCGGUGCCAGAUCUGGCGGAGAUCGCGGCGCGGUGGUCGGGGAUGGCGCCCGAGCAGGUGGAGGCGCUCGCGGAGGACUACCGCGAUGAGGCGAGGCGGGUGGAGGCGCUUGAUCUAGAGGACGUGUAUGAACGCACGAAGGAGCUGGUGAUGGUGGAGUUUUUGAGCGUGUAGGCGAGUGGACUGACACUGACGACUAGCGAGUUUGUCGGGCGCGCGGUGUGUAGGGUUGUCUUUGUUUUUUUCCAAAAGUACAUACAUGUUAUGAGCAUAUGCAUCUUGCAUC